AGGUUAGUCUCUCGGUAAACUUGACUUCGAACGGAUGCGAUAACGGUACUUCGGUAAUCCUGUGCGCUAGCAUUCAAGUCCUUUUCGAGCGACAAUAGUGUACUCCAGGUAAUAGACUUGCAGGCGUUAAAGUGUUGUGGUCGUACUGUAAACGGUGACGUUCCCGUCACGCCUGCCAGUGACGGUGACGGACCUUAGUUUUGCCUGAACUGCUGCAGUGUGAUUUUUCCUAUUGGAAUCGCUGGUUGGCGUCGCCACUGUGGUGUGUGCGUCGUCGUCGUCGCGUCGGCAAAACGAGAGUGUAUUUCGAUUCUCAUUGCCGUACGGUGUGCUUCGUCUGGAGCAAGAGUAAUAAGAACCAAGAGAGAAGGGCACAAACGAUGAUAAACAGGCCGCAGCACAGUAAACCAAAAACUUCAUCUGAUCUGAUCUGGUGGUGCUGCUGUUCGCUGGUGUUGAAUGACAGUAGCCAGAAUGUUUUUAAAAGUUAAAAGAAAGCCAGGUGUUCGCGGAGCAUUAUCUAAGGUUAAAACUAGUUAUCAGUGAAAGAAGUCUUCUAAAUACAGUGCAAGAACCGGUACCGACUCGGCAGUGACUGUAUAGGUGUUGAUAGUGCUGCUGUAUGGUAGAAAAUUGGUUUUUGCGUUUGCGUUGCAGAGGCAGGUGUCUAAUUAGAAUCAAGAUCUGCUUAAUUAGACUAAAACCACCGAAUGCCACUUGCUGACAGGUUGGAAUCGUCAGAACUGCGGAAGCUCUUGCCGUAAAAUACAAUUACACGUAGUGACAAGUGUUUGUUUACAAACUCGCAACGGUUCCAGCAGGUCAGUUUCGCGAAGCAUUCCCAGUGGUUUUCGCAUGUUCGUCCACCGGAAAACUGUGCCAGCUGUGUUAUCUAAGCAAAAACUACGUAAUUCAAAUAGUUCGAAGCGAAAAUUCGGCGUUUUUAUAAUUGGAAACUGACAUUUUUGACCUAGAGGUGUGUUGUUUUGUUUUUGCUUUUACCGUGCGAGUGUAAUUCGGCUGAGCGAACGCCUUCUCGCGUACUGCGGGACCGUACACGGUGGUACGGUUGUGUGAGUGCACAACCCGUUGAACUCGCCGUGAGAGAUUCUGUUGUGCGGGUCGUGCAAAAGCAAAAGGUGAUAGAUUUUAAAUUAUGUUGUAAAAUCAGCCCCGUUCUACGAAACACUCGGCGCUCAAGUUGCCUGCUAUUAUCAAUGGAAGACGCAGUGCUUCUUCCCGUAACGCACCAUCCCGUACUGUCACACUUUAUUGAUCCGAUUGGAUGUGUGCCGUUCGGAAAGUGCUAACUCUAGCGGAAAAUCCUAUAGGAAAAGUCAGUACCGAAUGUGUGUUAGUGUUACAGCAUUCUGGCCAAGCAGCAGCAGUAGAUAGGGAGACAAAAGCAAGAAAGCAAGCAGAUUGGUUGCCAACGUGAAUCUCGGUGUGUUCUGGUGCGCUGCAGAAGCGGAAGCGGAGCGCAAUGAUGCUGGGUGGCUGUGAUAUGCUAAAAGUGUUGCAACAAGAGUGAUUUCAGUGCAAAAGUGUUUGCGAUUGUGUUUGUAGCUUUUUGUAUAUCCCCUGUUUCCGUUUGGAUCGUUUUUUUUUUCUUGCUUUGGUGCUGCAGUUCGGAUCGGUCUGUCGGUCGGUCGAUUGACAGUCGCGGCGCGUGUGUUUCCUCUACAAUCAACCGUUUUCUCCUCCGCAAAAUUUCCAACGUCAAAUUAUGAGCGAAAUUCAAUUUCCGUCACCCGAGAAGAGCGAUAGUCAUCAUUUGAUUUCCAGGCCUCCCUGCUGCUGCCACCAAUAUAAUUGAUAAUUGAUUUAUUGGAAAAGAGGAAAAGAAGAAGUUAUUGUUUGUGGUGAAAAAGUGUGAAUAAGGGCAAAAAAGAGAUUACCGAACAAAGAAUCGGGUGAGUGUAUAGGGCGGCGCCAGUGCUAUUUUAGCCAGAAAGUUUGUAGGAGUAGGAAGAAAAAAAAAGUAUUCGAAAGAAAAUGUCGUCUCACCAUCUGUACGGGGCCCUGAUCGCCUUGACGUGCGUGCUCUGCUACCAUAACAGUCUGAACUGUGGUUUCGUGUUCGACGACAUUAGUGCAAUUAAGGAAAAUCGGGACCUGCGGCCGCAUUCGUCCAUAAAAAAUGUUUUCCUCAAUGACUUCUGGGGAACGCCAAUGCAUAAGGAACAAAGCCAUAAAUCAUACCGGCCCCUGUGUGUACUAACGUUCCGGUGGAAUUAUCUGCUGCACGGACUCGAUCCGGCCGGUUACCAUCUGGUGAACGUUCUGCUCCACACCGUCGUCUCGCUGAUGUACUUCCGAAUGUGCGCAAUGCUCCUGUCGGAGGUAGCCAGCUUUGCAGCGGCGAUGCUGUUCGCAGUGCAUCCCAUCCACACCGAAGCGGUGACCGGUGUGGUGGGUCGUGCCGAAACGCUUUCCUCGGUGUUCUUCCUGGCGGCGUUCAUCUUUUACACCAAAGCGACCAGGCGGAAAAAAGCAACCGGUUGGCGUUAUCUUUCCGUGGCGAUGCUCUUCGUCACCACGGCGAUGCUCUGCAAAGAGCAGGGCAUCACCAUCACAGGCGUCUGUGCAAUCUACGAGAUUUUUGUUGCCCAAAAGAUCAGCCUCGGCGACAUCUAUCACCUGGCCCGAUCCGUGAUGAGCGGAAAAUCGCUGGCCCUGCCUAGCGGGUGGUGGCCACACGAGGCCACCCGGAGACUGGCUGUCCUGUGCGUAGCGACGGUGGCACUCCUUUUUGUUCGAUUGCAAAUUAUGGGCUCCCAGCUGCCGGUAUUCACCAGAUUCGACAAUCCGGCCUCAGUUUCACCACCGCCCACCCGGCAGCUGUCCUAUAACUAUCUGGCCUCCGUUAAUCUGUGGCUGUUGCUGUUUCCGUGCGAUUUGUGCUGCGAUUGGACCAUGGGCACGGUUCCGCUGGUGGAGGGCUUUGCCGAUCCACGCAAUCUGACAACGCUGGCUGCCUACGGGUUGAUCGCGGUGCUGGUUUGGGUGGCCUUCAUCCAACCGGACCGGCAGAAAUCGGCGGUGAUCGUGAUGGGACUCGCCUUCAUGAUUCUUCCGUUUCUACCAGCAUCGAAUCUUUUCUUUCCGGUGGGUUUCGUGAUUGCAGAGCGAGUGCUGUACAUGCCCUCGAUGGGUUUCUGCAUCCUGGUGGCGUACGGCUUCCAGCUCCUGGCGGAGCGAUGGUCCCGCAAACUGUCCUGGUGCUGUUUGUGCUUUCUACUGCUGAGUCAUUCGAUCAAAACCUAUAACCGGAACGCCGACUGGGAGUCAGAAUAUACAAUCUUCAUGUCCGGCCUUAAGGUGAACCAACGAAACGCGAAGCUGUUCAACAACGUCGGUCACGCGCUUGAAAGUGAAGGAAAGUUCGAGGAAGCGCUGCAGUUCUUCCACAAGGCGGUCAGCGUACAGGAGGACGAUGUCGGAGCGCACAUCAAUGUGGGCAGGACGUACAAUCAUUUGAAGAUGUUCAAGGAGGCAGAGCAGGCUUAUCUGAAGGCGAAAUCGCUACUGCCGAAGGCGAAACCAGGCGAGUCGUACCAGGCGCGAAUUGCGCCGAAUCAUCUGAACGUAUUUUUAAACCUCGCAAAUCUGAUCUCGAAAAACGCUACCCGACUGGAGGAGGCCGAUCUGCUCUAUAGGCAGGCGAUCAGCAUGAGGUCGGACUACACGCAGGCCUACAUCAACCGGGGCGACAUUCUGAUCAAGCUGAAUCGCACCAAGGAGGCGCAAGAGGUCUACGAGAGAGCGCUGCUCUACGACAGCACCAAUCCUGAUAUCUACUACAAUCUGGGCGUUGUCUUUCUCGAGCAAGGCAAAGCAUCCCAGGCGUUGGCCUAUCUGGACAAAGCACUCGAGUUCGAUCCGGAGCACGAACAGGCACUACUUAAUUCGGCCAUUUUGCUGCAGGAGCUGGGUCGCCCUGAACUUCGCAAAAUUGCUCGGGAACGACUACUGAAACUGCUGGCGAAAGAUGAAACGAACGAACGAGUUCACUUCAAUCUUGGCAUGCUGGCGAUGGACGACCGCAACACGGACGAAGCGGAGAACUGGUUCCGCCGGGCGGUUCACCUGAAGCAGGACUUCCGCAGUGCGCUGUUCAACUUGGCUCUGCUGCUGGCGGACGAUCAUCGACCGCUGGAGGCGGCACCAUUCCUGAACCAGCUGGUCAAGUACCAUCCGGACCACAUCAAGGGUCUCAUCCUGCUGGGGGAUAUCUACAUCAACAACAUCAAGGAUCUGGAUGCUGCGGAGAAUUGCUAUAAACGCAUCCUCCAGCUGGACCCAAUUAACAUCCAAGGUCUGCACAAUCUGUGCGUGGUGUACGUGGAGCGGGGCAAACUGGCCCAGGCACAGUCCUGUUUAUCCCACGCGCACCAGCUGGCACCCGCCGAGGACUACAUUCUGCGCCACUUGCAGAUUGUCCAGACUCGGAUUGCCCGCCUGCGUGGGACGCCCGGGCCGAGUCGAGAGAAAGAAAUUGCCUUUACGGAUUUCGAUCCACGUGAGUUCGGGGGGAACCCCUCGGCGAUGGCGGGAGCCGACCUCCAGCAGUCGUCGCUCGCCAGUAGCAGUGUAAAUAGUCCACUCGAUGCAGACGCUGUUGCCGACAGCAGUAGCACUAGCAGUAGUAGUAGUAGACGUAAGAGUAGUGAUAACGAUAAACAUAAUAAUUUGGAAACAUCAUUACCUCAACCGAACGAUGCGACUGAAGCAGGCAACAGCAACAACAAAAACAACAACAGCAGCAGAAGUAGGAGUAGCACUAGUAGUAGCAGUGAAAACAUUGACAGCGGCGAGAGCAGCGAUCCUAUUUUUAUCGAUUCCGAGGAAUCGGUCUCCUCAUCCGCUCCGGCAUCUUCGAGCGAAAGCCACUCCCAGCUACAACCAGAUGCGCCCAAGUUUGGCGACGAUUCGACUGGUGAUAGCCGCAGCAGCAGCAGCAGGACUAAUAGACCCAGCAGCAGCGCUAGCACUGAGAAUAUCAAUUCUCAUUACCAGCAUCACCAUCAGCAACACCACCACUAUCAACAACAGCAGCAGCAGCAACGAAGAAGAAGCGCUGCCUUCCAGCAGCAAGCGGAUGGCACUGCCGGUAGCGCCAGCCCUCCGGCGUCGCUUGUCGGGAAGGACCUCGAUAAUCCGUCGUCCGGGAUGUCAUAGCAUCAAAUUCUUAAUUACAAGUUAGACUGUUUUAAAAUUAAUUAGGACUGAACCCGAGAACUGAACCUGCACUGAUAAUGAUUACGGUCGUUACGAUGGUGAUGACGAAAAUAAUGAUGAUGAUAGCUGUUGAUAGCAUAGCGUGAGGAGCAUGAGUGCGAUGUGGUGUGGUGUGCUUGUGUGCGCGUGCAUUGCUGCCUGGCUGCUUGUCCCGAAGGUUAAAAAUUUGUCCCAACCGGCGGCCGGAGACAGUGAGAAAAUUAUUACACUUACUUAAAACCAAGCGGCAUAUCUCCGACGGCGAUGAUGACGACGACGACCGAGGAAAACCCGUGUUGCAUGAAUUGUAAGUGAGUGGUAAAAGGUACUAAAAGUGAAAUUAUGUGUUAUUGCGGGAAUGAUUUUUUACUGGUGUGGGAGGAACGAAACAGCGGAAGGUUGGGUCCGAGAUUUCAGUUGAUCGAAAUAGUUCUAGUUACGCCUACGAUGGGUGGUAAAAUUAUUCCCGACUCCACUUCUUCAGUGUUUUAAAUUGAAAAGCAUUUAUUUUUUCACAUCUGGCCCACGAGUUGAUGUAUACUAUUUAAAUUUGGUUGCGAUCAAAACACACUCGUAUUAGUUUAAAUUUAAAUCGUCACACAAUCAGAGCCAGUUUCACUUUUUAAGUAAACCUUUUCUUUACUCCUAUUUAAUUUUUUUAGCGAACUUUGAGUAAAUGCACUUCGUAAAUCUUUGGUACCACGUCGAUCAAUAACUUUGGCGUUUAUAUUGCACCAAAUCAGUUGAAAUCUCGUAAACUCAACCCGCACACCCGAAACACCCGAAGUUAGGCCUCACCCCUCAUUAAGUAGAAUAUUUAUUUGUUUGUCUCCAAACAAUCGCCUAACGUAUGUAUUGUGGAUAACCACAGCUAUCACCCUGAAUCUCCUCUGAAAGAGUACUCUUAUUUUGCUCGCAACACAAGACUGAUUUGCUUCCAUGGCAAUCACCUGUAACUUAACUCACAACGUACUUCUCGGCAGCGAAAUUCACUUCUUUUAGCCAUGCCGAGGUUGAAAAGGAAAUCCUGCAAAUAAAUAUAUAGAUAAAAAGAAAAUAUUUUUACUUACGUUACUUUCGACAUUAUAAACGUUCAUUGUUAAGCCCCGAGUCGAAAGGAAGCAAAAAAUGUUAGGUUAAUUAACAAUCUGCUAGCAGUAGAAGGAAUCACAAGACAGAAAAUGCGACAUUUAUUGAUCCUAAGCAGAAAAAGACUCUCGCAUAGAAAAACAUCACCGGAGCAUCCAAAUCAACUGUUUUCGGUUAUCUGUUGUUAAUCAUCCAAGAGAGGGAAAAUCAAGGGCCUGGAGGACUGGUGGAAUGAAAUCAAUUUACUCUGCUGCCUCCCGAAUGAUGUAUAGAAUAAAAUGUACAUUUUGAAAAAGUUAAAACCAAAAAUCCUGGCAGCAGAGGAGAUAGUAUAAAGCGGAAAAAUCGAGAGAAGCAUAAAAAAGAGGAAUAUAUAUUUUUUCACAGGCGUGUGCGCGCUGAUAGGUACUUAAGAAAUUAGCAAAUAUUGUAAAACAAGAGGUUAGCAUUAAUAUAGUACGUACCGGGUAAGGGAAUGCGGUUAUUGUGAGAAAAAGAAUAGUCGAACAGUGAAAACCACUCACACACACAGACUCAUUGAUAUUUGCUAUAGAUGAUAUUGUUAGGAUUUUUUAUGAGAAAAAAAAUACACACACAGACAAAAUAUGUGAUCGUCAUUGUUCUCGGUGAUGGCAGAAAAAAAAUCUACUUAAGCAAAGCUAUAGAAUGAAAGUUUAUUGCGAUGAAAGCCCUUCAGUUCCCUUCAUGGGUUUGUAAAUCUAUUCCAGGACUGUUAGCUUUUUGUGUUAGUAGCCAAGUAUUGAAAUCAAGUGCUGAUGUAAAUGAAAACAAGACACACUACCUAUAUGUAGAACAACAGAGAGAACAAAGCAGACAGGAAAAAAAUCUCGAAACCAUUUGUUAUCGAUUGCAAUGACUUGCAAGUUGAAAAAGUAUAUGUCAGUCAAAACAGAGAAACAGAAUCUCAGAUGUUUUUCUAUUAACUUAAGAAUCUAAUUAUUACCGGAAUAAGUUUACUAGAAACUGUGUAAGCGUAUUACAUAUAUAUUACUUUGUAUUACUGCUUUUGUAACGCUGUUUGGUGAUGGGUUAAUCUAAGGUUAAGGCAAAUCUUUACGCGAGGUUGCAUUUGAAACAAAAAACUAAGCGCCUCCAUAAUACACAAAUCUAACGUGAACGCACGGUCAGCAGUCAAGCCUAAAUGCAUACCACUGACAGGAAAUAGUCUACAAUCGGGCGUUUCUAGUGUAAUGCUUCCAUAAUCGAAAGAUGAGCUCGACCGAACAAUUCACUAGCACUUAAACUGUUAUUUGCCGCUUGGAUGCUGUAAAACAAUGAUCGCACUUAAUCGAAACCACAACGGAUUAUCAUAAUACGAAUUAUGGUUUUCCAAAUUCAACUGCUCGAUGAUGCGAUUACAGCUACCCCCACCCCAUCUUUCCUCCCUGCCCCGGAUCGUUUGCCAACCGAAAUAAUUUAGGCUGCUCUCAACCGAAUCGACAAUUGACGCAAAUGAGCCCGGUUUCGUUUGGCAAACGACGACCCCUAGAAAUCGUUUAUUUUAGAGUCAAUAUAAUGUUGAUGUCCCCCAGUGUGCUCUGUGGGUGUCGUUCGGAAACGGCAGGCAGAACCAUUUCCGUGGCAACACAUUGACACCAGCAGCAAAUCACAUCCCGAGCGUUCGGGAACGCCAAUCCGAAUUCGGACGACAAGUGAAGCCUCGUGUAAAUAUUUGCAACUCAUUUAGUUUUAUGAGCCAGAGCUGUCCGUUUAGUACGUUAAUAUAUACACACACACACAAACACUUGUCCUGUACCCGCGCGACCGCCAGUGGUCGGCCAUUUUCGGCCUGGAAGGCCCCGUUUGCGAUGGACGCAUAAAAUGAGUAAAAAUAAAAAGCGAACAACAACAGCAACAAAAAAAAACAGAGAGAAGAAAGAAACGGAACCUCUCCCCCGGGAGGCUAAUCCUAUAUUUAGCGAAAAUGAGAUUUGUACUUAAGUUGAUGAAAUGAAGCAAAGUACUAUAUUUAAGGAAAAUACAUGGAAGGGAAAAUCAACCA